AUGGCGGUCGUCUUCACGGAGCGGCAUGAGACCGACGUGGAAGUUGGUCACAGCAAAGGAGAUCUUCUACAAGAUGCACACCCGGCCGAAGAAGUUCUCGACGAUGGCUCGGCCAGCGGACACGGCGGCGUUGCGCUCCAGGUCAAGACGAUCAAGGGCUCCAUGGGUUGGGCGCUUCUUGGGGUGCAGGGCACGAACGGACUCGGUUAA